AUGUUGCAGGAAAAACUAAUAUAUUAAACAGAUUAAAAUUAGGAAAAUGAAAUACUAAACUCCAACCAUACUAUAUAAUUUAGAAAAAAUUUAAAAAUAAAAAGAUUAACAUAAUUUCUUGAGAUAUUGAAGGAGCAGAUAAAUUAGAAAUAAUUGGGUAAAUUAUUUGUAAAACAGUCAAGAAAAAUAAUUUAAGGUAUUGAUUGGUUUGAUGAUGAAAGAAUGGACUCGGCAAAGUCUGAAUUACAUAAAAUGUUGCUUGAACUUGUUGGAUAACCCAUUUUGAUAUAUACAAAUAAGGCUUAGUUAAAACGAACCCAGAAGAGUUAGCUGUUGAAUUAGCUAUACAAAAUUAUCCCAAAAAUUGGCAUAUAUAAAUACUGGUAAAGGACUUUAUGA